AUGAGAGAAAAUAUUUCAGGGUCAUGGCUAGUUAUGAUCUCUGUGAUAUUGUUCACUGCAAUGUUGGCAAAAUUAAUUCAAUUCAAGUUAAGGAAUGAAGAUAAAAGCAAAUGCAGAUUACCGCCAGGAAGAAGAGGGUGGCCUUUGAUUGGAGAUAGCAUCAAUUGGUACAACGCUGUGGCAAGUUCUCAUCCUCCUCAGUUUGUUGAAGAAAUGGUGAAGAGGUAUGGUAAGAUAUUUUCAUGCAGCCUAUUUGGCAAAUGGGCAGUGGUGUCAGCAGAUCCAAGCUUCAACCGCUUUGUAAUGCAAAAUGAAGGCAGAUUAUUCAUUUCUAGCUACCCAAAAUCUUUCAGAGAUUUGGUGGGUAAAAAUGGUGUGAUCACAGUGCAAGGAGAGCAACAACGGAAACUACAUGGAAUUGCUUCCAAUAUGAUGCGUCUGGAGAAGCUUAAGUUCCAUUUCUUGAAUGAUAUCCAAAAGGUCAUGCUCCAAACUUUGAGCAAUUUUAACAACAACCAAGUCAUUCUUCUUCAAGAUGUUUGUAGGAAAGUGGCUAUACAUUUAAUGGUCAAUCAACUAUUGGGGGUUUCAAGUGAGUCUCAGGUCAAUGAAAUGUCUCAGUUGUUUUCUGACUUUGUUGAUGGUUGUUUAUCCAUUCCUAUCAACAUCCCUGGCUAUGCAUAUCACACUGCUAUGAAGGCAAGGGAGAAAAUCAUAAGCAAGAUAAACAAGAUCAUUGAGGAGCACAGACAAAAUUGUGCUCCCAUGGAAGGUAAUGGUGUACUUGGAAGAUUACUAGAGGAAGAAAGCUUGCCAGAUGAUGCUGUUGCAGACUUCAUUAUCAAUCUACUCUUUGCGGGAAAUGAAACAACCACUAAAACAAUGCUCUUUGCAGUCUAUUUCCUUACUCAAUGUCCUAGAGCCAUGAAGCAGUUGCUGGAUGAACAUAGUUCCCUGAGGACUGGAGAUGAAUUUCUUACUUGGCAGGAUUAUAAAGCAAUGACAUUCACUCAAUGUGUUAUUGAUGAAACACUGAGACUUGGGGGCAUUGCAAUUUGGUUAAUGAGAGAAGCAAAAGAAGACAUUCAAUACCAAGAUUUUGUUAUUCCCAAAGGGUGCUUUGUGGUUCCAUUUCUUUCAGCAGUCCAUUUAGAUGAGAAAGUAUACAGUGGAGCUUUAAACUUCAAUCCUUGGAGAUGGAUGGAACAUGAAAAUGAGGAAAAGAGAAUCUGGAGAAGUAGUCCAUUCUAUGCACCCUUUGGAGGAGGUGCCAGAUUCUGUCCAGGAGCAGAGCUGGCUCGCCUUCAGAUUGCUCUUUUUCUUCAUUACUUUGUAACUUCUUACAGAUGGACACAAAUGAAGGAGGAUAGGAUGUCCUUCUUUCCCUCUGCUCGUUUGGUGAAUGGUUUUGAAAUCUGCUUAAUAAGAAGACAUAGUGAAACAGAUUGA